AUGCGGCUCGACGCUUCGCGCAAGACUUGCCUCCAGUGCAAGGAGACGGACUUCGGUCCCGGCACGCUUUUCCGCGGCGAGAAGUGUAACGCGUGCGACAUGCAUGUGUCGCUAAGCCAGCCGAAGCGCAAGGGCCGGGCCUUUGUGUGCUUCUAUUGCCGGACCGACAUCGGCGAGGGUGUCCAGUACUUCCGGCUCCCGGAUCCCACGGGCAAGGUGAACCUCGAUGGCACCCAAAAGCCGAAGCGCAAGGGCCGGGCCUUUGUGUGCUUCUAUUGCCGGACCGACAUCGGCGAGGGUGUCCAGUACUUCCGGCUCCCGGAUCCCACGGGCAAGGUGAACCUCGAUGGCACCCAAAAGAUCCACUACAUCCAUGGAGAUGGGUCCCACUGUGUCGGGAAGGACGUUCCCGAGGACAACACCGCCCCUUGCGCUGGGUGUGACAGCGACGACGUCGUCCUCCAUGACAUGAUGGGGCUGAGGAAGACCGAGUACUUCUACUGCUCCCCGUGCGCCUACACGAAGAGGGCGGACAUCAUCACCGAUGUCCAGGAGUUCUCCGAGAUCAAGAGGCUCGAGCGCAUGAACGGGGGAACGCCCAGCACGCCCCUCAAGGAAGCCUGCGCCCCGACCAAGAAGCGCUCGCGCACCGACUGA